CUAUGACGCGCUUUUUAGAUAAACUUCCCAGUUUCAAUCUUUCCAAGUAACAAAAAGUCUAAAAUACCGGUAGCGAGAAAAAACUAUAAUCAGAUCUAUAUACAAUAGAAAUAAUAUCUAUUGGAAUGAAAUAAUAUCAAAUUCUUGCAGAACUGCAAUACUCUUUGCACCGUCGAUGCAUUGGAGAUCUGCUAAUCUGUUUUGUAACCAUUUAUGGGACUUGAGUUUUGGACAAUUCUUUCUCAUGAACAGAUUUUAUUCGGCAACUACUACAAGAAACAGUCAAUUAAACAGGAAAAAAGUUAGCAAAGCAUUUAGUUGUCAUAAUUUAAAACGUUGCAAUUCCAUAAGGUACGAAAUAGAGAGAGCGAAGGAACAUUUUUAUACAAGUGAAAACGAUGAAAUUAACCACCAUCUUUCUAUUUGUGUUGUUCCAGCUUAAAAACGUUAAAUCAACUGCACCAGCUUUAAUAAGUGUUCAAGAAGGAUGUGAACAUGAUGGAAUUCAAAGAAAAAAUGGAGAGACAUGGAAAGAAACAGGUAAUCAUUCAAAUGGCAUCAAUUGGACAAGUGAUUGCAUGCAAUGCCAUUGCAAUAUAAACAUUGUGAUGUGUACAAUAAGAACAUGUCCUUCUUUGACUUGUAACAAUCCCAUAUCAGUUAAACACAGCUGUUGUCUUGUUUGCCCAGAUACUGAAGUUGCGACAGUUGAAAAGGGGUGCAUUCAUUCGUCCUCUUUAUUUGAUGUUAAAACUUCAUGGAAAGUUUACAUUCCAGAUAAAUACAAACAUGGUAGAUGUGCAGAAUGUUCAUGCUUAAAGGGUAUAAAUAAGCCACAAGAAGUAUGUGAGCAACAUAAUUGUCCUGAGCUUAGUUGUUUAAAUCAGAUUGGAAAACCAGGAGAAUGUUGUGGAACAUGCGAACCUGGCUCACCAAAAGCCAAAAAAAACCAAGUCUUUAAAGAAGGAAUCAUCUAUCAAAAUAUUUUCAAACACUUAUUUGCAGCAUUAGACCCAAAAGGAACGCCAAUAAAACCAGAACUUCAAAAUACUGAUGAUGAAAAAAAAAAAGAUGAAAAGCAAAAUUGUAAAUUUGGUACAGAAAUAUACCAAAAUAAUGAAGUAUAUAUUCCAGCUGUGAUGUCUGACUGCCUUCGCUGUAUAUGUAAGGAUGGUAAUAUCAGUUGCGAAAAAAUUGUUUGCCCUGACAGUCAAAAAUGUCCUUCUCAAAAUCGCUCUGAUUUGUGUUGCAAUAUUUGCCAAGGAACAUCAAAAGACAAAGCACUUGCUCUUGCACUAGAAGAAUUAAAUGGAACGGACAGUUGUCAAACUACAAAUGAGUAUUUGAUCCAAGUAUAUGAGUAUGAAAGCAAAUCAGCUGAUUUUGCAAGAUUUUAUUUUGACCGAUCUCUUGAAUCAAACAAGUUAUCAGAAAUCCAUACACUGCGGGCAACCGAAUUAAAAAUAGAAGUUACGGUUAACAGAACAAGGGUCGAAAAAAAUUAUCUCGAUUAUAAACACAUAGGCUCAAUAAAAAAAAAAAUUCUUAUGAGAAUUCAUCGAAAAGAAAGAGAGUUAACACGAGAAACUCGUCAAGAUUCGUUUACAAAACUUAUAAAACGUUUUAUUGACAUGAUAAGAGAGAGAUCCGGGAAAAAAAAGUUAUGCAAAUCUUCUGAAGAUAAAAAAAUUUACCUCAAUUAAUUUCUUUUAACACCGAUUAACUUUUUAACUUUAAAAAAUUUAUUUUCUAUUAUUUAUAUGUUUUUGUUGCUUUAUAAAUAGUAGUGUAAUAUAAAUACCUUAAAUUAAUAAAAAAAGUAUUUUA